AUCUGCCAUCUAAACUCCUCCUUUAUUAUAAUUGCUUUCAGAACCUUUAAACCCGAGAAAGAAGAACCGAUGAUGUUAGUAAACAAAGAAUAGAUGUAAUAGCGAAGAAACUCUGAUGUGUACAUUCGAAGAACUUACGAUCUUAUUUUAAUUGCGUCAUCCUCUGGUGCUUGUUAUUUUUGUAUUCGGUUUCCUAAAACCUAUGUGAAAUCUGAAUUGACCCAACAACAACAAUAAUUUACAAGUUUUUAAGAUAUGUCAUUGAGUUCCAGUAAUUUGGAUCUGCCAAGUGAUUGGGCAGUUGUAUCUUCACCAUCUGAGUCACUUGAACAAGAAAUUGGAUUGGAAAGCAGUACUGAAGUACCGUCCAACAGCAAUGAUGAUAUGAAUGUAGAUUCUGAAAGUACGCCAAAUGUUGGUGGUUCUGCAGUACAAGAUAUUGCUGAAGAAACUGAUUCUCCAAACCUGAAUGAUAGCACUUCCUCUAGUGAUAUUGACAUAAUUGAUGAAAAUGCUUUGGAUGAUAGCCCGGUGAAGAAGGAGUUUGUCCCUCCUGCCUUCAGCAUUAGUUCAUCAUCUGAAAGUAGCAGCAGUUCUCAAACUCAACAGACUCCUGCCACUGAAACUGCUGAUGCUGCAAAUCAGAAUGAAGAUAACCAGAAUAACUGGCAAAGCUGGGUGACUUUCUUGAUGAAUUGUUUUGACCGUGCCAUGGGAUUGAUUGAAAUAUUUCGUGGGAAUGACAUGUUUCGUGAAAGGAAUAGUCUUCGUACUGUUAUGGCAAUCCUGGUCUUAUGCUUAACAGUGAAUGUAAUGAAGAUUCAAAAAGACUCUAAAACAGCUGAUGUUGCUGAUGAAUUGCAAAAGUUAAUAACAGAGCUACAGUUGGAAAACAAGAAUUUGAAAAAUCAGGUAAUGCUAGAAAUGCAGAAUGACAAAAUAUUUUUAGCUUUAGAGGAACAAAUGAAAGAGUUAAAGAAUGAAAAUGUGAAAUUGCAAGAGUUCAUAUUAUCUCUUCAAAAACAAUCUUCCACUGAGAACAAGAAUAAGAAAGAAACACAUAAUUUUUACAAAAAGGAAAUCAACUAUCUAAAAGAGCAGAUCAAUCUUCUCCAGUUUGAUAAUGAAGAACUUCAAAAACAGUUAGUUCGAAUGAGGUAUGGUAGUUAUUUAUCCAAAACUGAAACAGGAAAAGAAGAUAUGGAGAACGAAGAAAAUUCUUCGGAAAUUUUAUCAAAUGAAGUAAAAGAACUGAGAAAAGAUUUGCAAAAUGAAAUAUCCAAGCUAAAGAAGCUGAAUGAGUUGAUUGAAUUCUUAACCAAAGAAUUACAAAAAUCUGAAAGUAAAGAAAAAUUUUCCUUUGGUACAAAAACAGAUGAAAAAAUGCACACGGACAGAAAAGGAUCUCAUUGGGGCUGGAAAAAUGUGAAGAAAAACAUUGAGGAUUAUGUUCAAAAUAUUCAACAAAUCAAUAUUUCAGAUCUCUUUUCAAAAUAUGUCAGCAACAGUAAAAUACCCCUGGAAGACGCUUUUAAAAACAUUGGCUAUUUUUUCAAAGCUACACAAAAGGAAAUUAAUUCCCAGAAAGAAUAUUUGAAAGAACGUUGGGAUAAUGAUUUCAAAGCUACCCUUGAAGAAUUGGGAGAAAAAUGGUCUGAACUCAAGACACAGUACUUCAAAAUGAACGAUAAUACAGAAAAUGCUGAAGAAAAUGAAAACAGUAAGCCUGAAUUCUCAAAUGUCUUCACUGAUAGUUAUCGUAACCCUGAAGAAAUUAAGCCCAAGACACACCAUUACCAAGCAAACGAUGAAAUGUCCAGGAAACGCCAUUUUGCUGAGAAAUACCUUCAGGAAAAACAUCGCCAAGAUGGGAAAAUCAAUGAAGAUGACUUGCAGUCUAAAUCUUGGGUAUUUGAAAGAGCUGCCGAGCGGGCUAAACUAAGAGAAAGCGAUGAAGAGGAUGAAUCUGUUAACUGGUUUCUACGUAGAAAAAGCACAGAUGAAAAAGAAGAUGAGCAGAAGAGUCGAUGGUUUUGAAUUUUUGAAGUGUGGAAGCUACAUUAGUCGGUUGCAUUUGUGAUAAGCAUUUAAUAACCUUUGAGACUCCUUUUGUGUUAUAAUUAUUUUAUCUCUUUCAUGAGUCUCUUUUUACAUGAUGUUAAUAAGAAGCAGCUUUUUUUUCCUGGCUAAUGCAUGAACUCCAAGCAUUUAUUUUUUAGUUGGUAAAUUAAUGUAAUGAAAAGUUCCCACCUCUGUGCAUGUACAUUGUUUUAAGUUGUGCUGCUAAUUAGUAAAAUUAAUGUGUUUCUGAAUGUUUUGCAAGCAUUUCUCUACAAGAAUAAAUGUUUUUAAGAUUUCAUAUUAUUUUGGAAGUUUGAAACUUUUUAUGCAACAAAUUCUGAGAAGAAUGAAAAUGUUAAAUGGUCAACAUAAUUUCAAUGUGAAAUUGUUUUCCUAUAUAAAACUGUUAAAUGAAAAGGAUUUUAAACGCUAGAAAGAAUUUUAUAUCAGGUUCAUAUUGUUAUAUUGCAAAUGUUUUAUAUACAAAAAAUUUGUUUGAAUUUGCAAUUCUGUGUGUAUUUGUUAUCUUAAACAUCUGUAUUCAUGUGGUACUAUUGUUCUCAUUUAUCAGGCAGUAUUAGUUUUCCUCCUCAUCUGUGAUAGUAUACAGUUUUUCUUUUUUUUUUCCAAGGAGAAAGAAAUAUUUCGUUUAAAUUAAAUUGUGUGCAGAUGUGUAUGAUUUGUAAAUGAAAAUGUCUCCGUUAUCUUAUUUGAUGGAAUAAAGUUGUAAAAAGUAAUUGAUUGCUUCUUG